CUACCAUUCAUCGGAGACUCGACUCGAUUCAUCUAUGAUGGCCCGCGCCUUGGUCGAGAGCGCUUUGGCAAGCUCGGGCCCGUCUGGGAGACUUGGUUUUUUGGGCAGAAAACAGUCGUCGUUGGAAGGCCAGACAUGAUCAAAUGGUGCCUCAACAGAGAGGGUGACCUGCUUGAAGCAAACUGGCCCACGUCGACCAAGGUGCUUCUGGGGCGUCAUGCGGUGGCAGUGGUGACGGGCCCGCACCACCUGCAGCUGCGCAAGAUUCUGCGCCCGGCCUUCAGCGUCAGCUCUGUCAACGACCUGGUGCCGCGCAUGGCCGCCAUUGCGCGGCGGUGCUGCGACAAGUGGGCCGCCGAGGGGCGCGGCAAGGGCCUGCUCCAUGCCAAGGAGUUUACCUUCUCGAUCGCACUGGACAUCAUGCUGGGGUUUGAUGAAUUACUGCUGACUGCAGAGACGAUUCAGAAAUGCACCGAUGCUUUCCACUUGUGGAAUGAAGGCCUCUUCAGCUUCCCCAUCAACGUGCCCGGCACAGGUGUCCACCUGGCCAAUCUAGUGACCCCCAAGCACAGAAGACCUCGUAUGCUUGUGUCGGCGGACAAGGGUGAGCAGGUGUCCUGCGCAGAGGGGCUGCUGGAUAUAAAGGAUGAGGAAGGCAACUGCCUGACUGACGACGAACUCAAGGACCUGUUCAUGACCCUGCUGUUUGCCGGUCAUGACACAUCGGCGUCGGCCACUAUGCGGCUGUGGUCUGAGAUCGCGCGCCACCCGCACAUUUGGGACAAAAUCAUUGCAGAACAGCAGCAGGUGGCCGCAGAGCACGGCCCGGAGAUCGACGGUGCAGCAGUCAAGGCAAUGACAUACACGGAGGCCGUCGUGCGCGAGAUCCUGCGGUUGCACCCCAUUGCCGGCGGUACCUUCCGCCGCGCGCUGCAGGACUUCGACCUAUUCGGUUAUUACGUCCCCAAGGUCGCGCCCGUUCCUCACAAGCUGCCAAUCAUUCCGGCUUCCCAUGCUCGUGAAACCUCGCCGCCACAUGUUUGCAAGGCGCCCUUGAGCUUCUGCCCCGAGCGCUGGCUGGACGAGGCCGGGCAGAAGACGGGCGCCUGGAUGCCCUUCGGCGGCGGCCCUCGCAUGUGCCUCGGCUACCUGCUCGCCAUUGCUGAGCUGAAGGUGCUGCUGGCAGUGAUGGCGCGUGGAUAUGAGUGG